UGCUCGCAAUCACUAGCCUGCUGUGAUGAUGCUGAUGGUGGAGCUGAUACUGGGCAGUGCAGUACGUCGAAACGUUGCUUUCUUUACCAUCGCCAUCGCCUCUGGCAAGGCUUCACCGACCGCCAGCAGCGAUAUACCAACUCCUUGAACAUGGAAGAAGAGCCUCUGCGAUACCCUGGCGGCCUGACGGAGCGGCUUGAGCAAGAUGCGACAACCGCUGAGGGCUCUCUGGACGACUUUGUGAUCCAGUACUUGCUCAGGCGUGGCUACACCAAGACGGCUAGACACCUCGUUCAAGAAAACCCACAAGGUGUAGCUAUCGGGUCCGUUGACAAUCGCGGCAUCAAUGCGCCUAAUAGCUUCCUCUUCGAGUGGUGGUCGGUCAUCUACCCGCUCCUCUCCAGUGCUACAUGCUCAGGCAAGCCUGAUCCUUCACUCCUCUCUGACCUGGCAUCUGCCGUUAGCGAGCGUUCGCGACCUCAAGCAGGAGUAUCAGCCGAGAAAAGCAGCGCCAACGAAGAUGGCUCCCUCUUUGUAUCACCUGAGCUGCUCGAGCUUGACAAACUCGGCGAUGACAAACUCCAGAGCAUCGGUCCUCUGCCUCAGCAUCUUCAAUCACCGCCGGUCUGGAAUUGGCCCACCGCCAGCGAGCAGGGCACUGUGAAAUGGCCAGAGUUCCUCUCGCCAUUUCAGUCCCCUACAACUUCUUCGUCUUCUCAGCCUGCCAUAGUAGCUCCUAUGGCCACCCCAGCUGCACGUAAGCGCCCCAGGAGCCGCAAGACGCCCGAUGAAGCAGCAGUGGGUUUGAUGGUCGGCGGAGCCAUUGGUGAAGAGCAGCCACAGGAUAGUAGCGUUGAGACACCCGCACCAAAGAAGGGUCGAGGAGGCAAGACCAAGUCACCAGCCGCACGAAAGAGCAAGGCAGCUGCUGUGGCUCAAUUUGCCGACGAGGGGGACGACAGCGCUCUUGAUCCUAUCCGUCCUCUCCCUACUCCUAAGCGCAAGCCCGCCGUCAGACGCAAGACAAAGACAAUCUCACAAGACGCAGGGAACGACUCUAGGGCACAAGCUAUCGCUGCCGCCAUGGCCUCCUCUCCGAAUCAGCUCUUCAGCCCGUCGGACGGGCCUCGUCCUACAGCACUCUCAGUCCCAAGUCAAGGCGUACCGCUUCAUUCAGCGCAAGCCUUGUUCACCAGCGCGGACAGCAGCGACGGCGUUUUCAACCAGCACAUAUGGUCCAGCGGUCAUGGCGCGACCAGCUCAGGUGCAUCCCUGCCUAAUCUACCGAGCUCAUUCUGGAAGAGCGUGCCGCAGCAGCGAGGAGGCCAAUACCCUGGCGGCGUUCUGUACCAGUCUUCGAUGCCUUCAGCCUUUGUCAUUCCUGCGGCACAGCAGCGUCCUCCGUCCUCGGCAUUCACCUUCCCACAUCAACGGGGCACUGGAGGAGCGUCCUCUUUGCCGUCGACUCUGAACACGCAGGAGUGGAAGGACUGCCCUCUAACAAUGCCCUCGACCGCAAUCGCACGUGCGACAGCUCAUUCCUCGGCGCCAACGGCAGCCAAGCCACAAGACGGUGGCGAGGUCGAUGAGAGAGCCAGCGGAGCGUUCGCCUCCUCGAUGUUCGACCCUCACCACCCAUCCCUAGCAGCAGGCAGUAGCAGCGCUCAAUGGCCAUCGCGCCCGUCUCAGCAGCCGCUCACCCACAUUACCCAGGAUGUCGACGUCUCCAAUGUCCUCUCUCGUAUCAAGCCGGAGAUCCUAUCGCGAAUGGCCGCUGCGGCUGCACAAGCAGCGGAAACAUCCAUGAGCGGACACGAGGUGCGAGGAGAACGGAUGUCAAGCGAAGACGGGGCCGGCGGCCAUGGUCAUGCUCAAAGCGACGAUGCUCGACACGAUGAGGAUAAGGAGCCGAUGACAUCUGAUGGCACUCAGCAUCAGCAGCAUCAGCAGCAACAACAGGAUGAUCAACCGCGACUGGUCCCCUCCGCCCUACUUCAGCAGCUCAUUCACGCCUCUUCUCGCGUGGCUGCCUCUCAUUCAGGUCUGACCCACCAUCAUAUUCAAUCAGGUAGCCAUCAUCACCUUUUUGCCCCGUCCUACGCUGCAAGCACCCAAAACGAGGGCGACAGGGCACACACGGAUACCAUCUCGUACCUCAGUGCCCUCAAUAAUUCGAGCCAGGACGUCGGCCUCGACGAAGAGACUGAACGAUUGCUCGAUGCUUGCGUGGCCGAGUACUGCGCCGAGAGGGAUGCGGCAGGUGAGCGCAAUGCAGAUGGUGCGAAUGAGCGCACCAAGUCAGACCAGCUCGAUCAAGACAAGAGUGGAGGUGCGUCAGCCAGCGACGCUGCCCAUGACGAAACGAAGGACGGCAAGAGACUGCAUGGGCAAGGUAACGGCAGCGGCAGCAAUGAAGCUGCGCGGCCAGCUCAUCCCGACCUCAACAUAUCGCAAGCCACAUCAGCCAGUCCCAUUCGCCAUGUCAGCAACGUCGCCGCCUCUUCCGGGCUCACCAACCCCACUCUCUGCUCUCAAAUCCCAAUCAUGACCCUCUCUCGCGUCCCCUCCAUCAGCGGCAGUGUCGGUCGCGCUGAGCCAACCAGCGAAGCUUCCUCGAUCUGUAGUGCAUCAGCAACUACCCAGGCGCUGAGAGACAAGGUGCAGAGGAGCAUGACUGCCCAGUACGAGGCGAUGGAGCUCUUCACUGAGCUGUACGCGCCUCAAAAGGAAGGUGAGGAAGAGGAUGGAGCGGCUGAAGGUAGAGAUGGGGAAGCCGUGGAAGAGCAGCAGGCGAGCGGUGUAGCUGGCUGCGCUCAGCCUGACAUUGUGACCAAGCAUAUGAAGCCUGCGGAGAGAGGAGGCGAAGGCGUCGCAGUGGACUCUCAAGCGGGACAAGAGGCUUCAAUUGCCCUCGCUGUGGCAGCUGACGGCCAGCAGACAUCCUCCCCUCACGACCAUGGCGACAUGUCCAUGCAGGACGCACUUGGUAGCCAGCUUGCCGAUGAAACGAUGCAGCCCUCGUCUCCGAAUGCUCGUCCUCUCGAGACCUGUCCUCAAGCGCGUAGCUGACGUAUCAACGCGGCCAAGCGCCACUAUGACCAGGGCAUGAGAUCAAAUCUCUUCAUUUGGAUCAA